AUGAUGUUUUGUUUUUUCACAAAAAAAAAGGUCUCAUCAAUUGAAAAAAAAAAAGCGAAGAUCCUCUGCCUUAGAAUUAUCUUUGACAUAAUUCGAAUCGGAGCCAAUACAUUCAGAAAUACUUAAAUUGGUAAAGGUAUUCCCUCCUGUAAUGACUAUGAGCCCGAUCGGAAAAGAGGCGUAUCGCGCUGCCUUAUAAUUCUCUCUCAUAAAAACUGGUCCUGGCUGCCAUUAACCGAGGAGUUUUUACACUCCUUUUGCGUCUCCGCCCCUAACACAUCGUUGAGAGGAAGAAACUACCUUAAAAACUUUAAAUCUGGAUUCGUAAAAGACACCGGUGAGUACCCUUAGUCAGCUAAUCUUCUUUUGCGGCCAUAUUAUUUUCAGGAACGUUAGAACUAAGCCGGGAUCGGGAACCAUUGCGUCUAAAUGCGCUUCUAUUAAAACUACACUUCCCCCAUUAUCAUCAUUAUGAAACCCCUCAAUAUUCUGGGAAUAUUGUAUCAUUUUGAUAUUAACAAGAUAUCUUUGUUUGUUUUCUUAUUUUUUAGCUUUUUCUUAAUUAAAAAAACAUUAUGA